CAGGAGACGCGCGAAAAUCAACUGCCCCAGUGCCGCUUACGAACGCGUUUUUCUUCAUUUCCUUCGCUUAAAACAAGAUUUGUUGCACGUUUGUACUUACGGGAAAAGAUGCCCAAGAAUCACAAUUAUAUGGAUGCACUGCCGGACGAGCUUUUGUGCAUGGUGUUCGAUCGCCUGGAUUUGGAUAGCGUCAAAGCAGCCUCCCGUACCUGCCAGCGAUGGAACGCGAUCAUUUUUUUCAGUGGAUACGUGGACAGAUUUAUGUUGGAAAUCAAUUUAGUCCACAAGGCUACUACGAAAAAGCAACAGGAGCCGCGCCAAUUGAAGCGGAUGAUACAACGAGCAAAACAGCUAGUAACGCAGACCCAGCGGCAUUACCGCGGUUUAAACUUGGGCAUAGAACCCAUGCUGGAGUACCAAUUCCCAGCGUUAUGGAAAGCUAUACACCCGAAAAUCACACAACACCUCCGUGAGCUGGAACUUGAAUUCAUGGACUCGAUGGUGAAAGUAUUUCCUUCGAUCGCUGCUGCGCUUCCAACGAUGCAGCAUCUGCAAACGCUCAAUGUGUCAGACUACGGCGAUAAUCCAAUUUUCCAGAAGAAGAUACCAACGCUUCGGAGCCAAUCGGUGCUGUAUCUGACGAUGGAUUGCAAAUACAAGUACACGGUCGACAUGCCACUGCUGCAAACGUUCGAUGGUGCACUGUGUGCUCUGCUUCCUCCGGACAAUAGCUCGGAACCGGCCCUUGUGUUCGAGAAGCUAACAGAGUUAACGGUAAACGUGAAAGGAUGGAAAUUAGCUGACUCAUCGAUCUUUCGUCGAAUGCCGUGCUUAAAACGCUGCUUUUGGGAUGUUCCCUUGGAAAAUGAUUUGUUCAGUUCAGUGAGUGAAAUGUGCCCCUCGUUGACCUCACUCUGGUUUUCGAAGACUCUUCAAGCUUCCGAGUUGCCCUAUUUGAAGAGUGCACUUAACCUCACACAGCUUCGUGACCUUCGGAUUCACAAGAUUAACCUGGAGGGAGAUGACUCUGGAGAGAGAUUGGAGUGUUUGAAUUUUACGAAACUAACCCAGCUGGAGUCGCUAGAUCUGGGUAAAUUGAAUGUACAGGUCAGCACGCUACUGAACCUGCCCAAGUCGAUCCGAAAGCUUGGGCUGCAGAUCGAUCAUGAUACAGAGCAGAGUUUGCUUGACAUCAUCACGUGUAACCUCUCGCACCUAACAGAGCUCCGUAUAGCGUAUAGCUGCUCCGCUCCGCCCUCCCAGGUGCUACUGAAAUCGUUAUGCCUUUUUGAGCAGCUUGAGGUACUGCAGUUCUCCCGUUGUUAUUUCACUCAAUCGUUCUUCCUUCGGAUGGACGCUCCGCUGCCGCGACUGCACACGCUACGGUUCGAGAAGUGCAAACUCGAGACGAAGCAUCUUCUCGGACUCCAGGCAAAGUUUCCCCAACUAAAGUCCUGUGAAUUCUUCAGAUGCUUUGUGAUGACAGAAUCGAAGGAUGAUGAAGAGUACGAGUCGGAUGAUACGUUUGGUAGCGAUUUAAAUUCAGAAGAUUACGACUACGGCGGGUACGACUUCGACGACGACGAUGACGAUUCCUUUGACGUUGACGAUUAUUACCCCGACUACUACGAUAGCGAUGGGUACCAGUAUGAUGGGUUGGAUUAUGAAGUCAGUUACGAAGAUUAUCGUUUGCUAUCGGCCCUAGCAGACUUGAUACCCUAGAAGUGGCUAAUUGCGUUCUUUCAGAUAAAGGCGUUCACUCAACACUUUCACACCCACAUUCCACACGUACACCUUUAUUGCUUAGCAUAAGUAUUGUCCAUGAAUUAAAGGAGUCUCACUCUAAAGCGCUAGCGGUGGACGGGAUCCUCCUAGAUGUAUUGCCAACUCACAUGUGCCAUGCCUUAAAAUCACGAAUUUGUCGAUAAGAAAUGAAAUAAACUGUUGAAGUACUAUUGCACAACAAGGACACGACCUGCACGGCUGUCCUGCGUUAUAAUUGUAUAUUGGAGCACUGGGUCAACAGAAGGAUCAUCAGCAAAGAGUGGAAAUUCCAAUAGUGUGAUGCUGCUGCAAAAGCACACUCUUGGUGAUUGAUACUGAUUAACUGCCGGACACAUCAUCAUCGUCACAGAACACUACUACGGGAACUCGGAUGCUGAUGUGCC